AUGGUUAAGGGGAAAUCAAAGGACGUAGAUAAUGAUGUGAGAACUGGGUGGAAAGAUCUAAUGGAACUAAAAGCUUUUUGUGAUUUGUGUGCUGCUCAAGAUCAUCUGAGAAAACAGUGGAAGACUUGGAAGCAACUUUUUGAGUGUGAGACUAGGUUGGGUUAUGAUCUUGACACUGGAAGGAUUAAGGUUACUGAUGAGUGGUGGACCCAAAAGCUUAAGGCAUGUCCCAAGGCAUCAACCAUUCGCCACAAAGGUUUGUCGAAUGUUGGUUCUAUGGAAAUCAUGUUUGAAGGCACGAUUGCAACAGAGAAAAAUGCAUGGACCCCAAGUGGUGAAAUACCAAAGGAAUGCAUCGAAGGGUCUAGGGACUCCACUAGUAGCAAAGAAUUUAUUGACCCCCAAUGUCAGCCCUCUGUAGAUGUUGACCCAAUAUAA